AGGGAAAGUUUGAAUGUGAUGGUGUGCACUCCAUUUAUAUACAAUUUCUUAUAAUAAACAGCCUCAAACACAACUAAUUAUGAUAAAACUUAAUAUUUUUCAUAACUUUUCGAAGGAAGAAAUGGGUACGAGAAUUAUUUAUUUGAUAAAAACUAAUAACAUGAACUAUAAAGUACUCGGAUAACAUCGGUUGUACUCGGAACUCGAUGCGUUGACGUCAGAACAUACGGGCCGAUCCUGCGUCAAAUUCGUACUUCCGGUUGUCACGUGGUAUGCGCAAACCAAUGGCAACGCUUUAUUUCUUUAUAGGCCGACAUUUUCUGACAAGCGUAGAAAAAGUUUUCAUCAACAGCCGCCAUUUUGCGCUGGAGAGACUGAGAAGAAUUUCGGAAUUUGUCGUGUAAAUUUUCUGUUUUUUCUUACAUCAUUUAUCAUAAACUGUACCAUUCCGUGUAUUUUAAAGUGCUAAGUGAAAUUGUGUCGUUCGAUCAAAUAAAUAAGUCGUCUAUAGUAGCUAAAAUCUGGUGAUAUUGUUUUCAUUUAUUGUGCUAGUUCCGACGGAAGAUGGUGAGAGGGUCUGUGUAGCUCUUCGAUUCGGAGCUUUGUAAUGGCGAAUACUUGAGUGAGAAAUUAUAAUAUGUGCCUUCAAUGGUGCGGAGGACAUCGAACGAUUGUGAUGUGGGUGAAUUACAUUAGAAUGGAUGACAAAUCGCUCUAAAAUGUUAUUUCUUCAAGAUAUAAGACAUAAAAGUGUUAUUUGAAUCGGCGGGCCGAAAUAUUCACGACGGCAUACGUUUAGUAAACAGAGCCAUGGCCGAUCAUCACGGAGAUGAGCCGCCUAACAAGCGGCCUAAAAUGUUCCAGGGUCCAUCGGACUCCACGGAUGGUUUUUCAAACCUUCAAGACAUGUUUGACCUUGAAAAGGACCUUCCUGAUGAACUCAUGGGAGGUUCUUGGGCCGAACAACCAGGAUCUAAGCCUCCGGCUCAGGGUCCUGGUCCUGGAAACCAGCUGGUUCCACAGCAACAGCUGAAUGGGGAUGAUCCUACAGCUGCUAUGCAAAGGCAAAUUAACAAUCAUCUUAUACAACAAGGCAACAAAGGUGGCUUAGUCGGCCACAAUAAUCCUUUAGGGUUGAGUAGUUUAGGAAGUAAGAGUCCAAACUUACAGUCGCCUCCAAAUGUAUCUGUAUCCAAGGAUUUGAUGGGUGGUGGUAUGAAUGUUGCCAAUGUCGGCAAUAUGAUAGUGACAAACAGUAAUAUGACUGGAGCAGGUAUGCUCGGCAGCGGUAUCAUUAACAAUGUGAACAAGCAACUGCCCACAUUGAUGGGCAACAACCAUCAUGGUGCUCUACCGCAUCAUCCGCACGCGCAGACGAUGCAAAAUGGCCCGCUCGGCGGUCGGGUCGGCGUCGGCAUGCAAGCGCCGACGAUGCGGAGUACGUUACAACAUCAUCCGCGUAUGCAAGCGCCGGGUGGUGGGGGCCAUCCGCUCGCGCCGUACCAUCCGGCGUACGGGCAGUCUGCGCAGGGGCCCGGGGUGCCGCCCGCGCAGAGGGCCGCGGGGGUCAGGUUCGGCCCUCCGGGGGAGGCGGGGGGCGGCGCCGCCCAAGCCGUCCCUCCCGCCCCCUCGCCGCAGACCCCCGGCGCGCCCGCUGGCGGACAGUCUCAGCCGCAAGCCGCCACGCAGGCCGCCGCACCUCACGUGCACCAACCGCACGCGCCCCACCAGCCGCCGGCGUCGGGUUCCAUCGCGGAUCCUGAAAAGCGCAAACUUAUCCAACAACAGUUAGUGUUGUUGCUACACGCCCACAAAUGUCAAAGGCGAGAGUCCCAGUCUAACGGCGAAACUUGGCAGUGUACUCUGCCACAUUGCAAGACCAUGAAAGGAGUACUCAACCAUAUGAUGUCAUGCCAGGCGGGUAAAAAUUGUGCAGUUCCUCAUUGUUCAUCGUCUCGCCAGAUUAUUAAUCACUGGAAGCAUUGCAACAAGAGUGACUGUCCUGUUUGUUUACCCUUAAAGCAGGCCGAUAGAAAUAGACCGAACAAUAUGAACGCGGCUGCUGUGAGUCACACGACGACUAGCACGGGCGUCGCCGUGGGCAACGUCAACGUGGGCGGUGUGGGCGUGGGCAACGUGGGGGUGGGCGUGGGCAACGCGGGGGCGAGUAUGGUUAACUCGCUGACGGCCGCGCCCGCGCCCGCACCCAGCACGCAGCUGCCGGACAUGAAGAAGGCGUACGAGGCCCUCGGCAUCACUUGCCCGACGUCCAUUUCGAAUAUGCCGGGCGGGUUCCCGCGGGCCCCUCUCACGAGGACGGCCGUGCCGCGCCCCCCGGGCCUCACGGACGUGGUGCCUCAACAGCAGUCAACUCCCAUGCAACAACUAUUCGCCCAGCAGAACCAACCUGACCUACAACAGCAACAACAACAACUGAUGGGAGGAAGCACCCUUCAGCUCCCCGGUGGGCCUGUUACUGCAAACCCGGUCUCCGGAACAAAAGAAUGGCACCAGUCUAUAACAGCCGAUCUCAGAAACCAUCUUGUUCAUAAAUUGGUGCAAGCAAUAUUUCCGACACCGGAUCCUCACGCUAUGUUAGAUAAGAGAAUGCACAAUCUGGUCGCGUAUGCGAGAAAAGUGGAAGGUGAUAUGUACGAAAUGGCAAGCACGCGCUCAGAGUACUACCAUUUGCUCGCCGAAAAAAUAUACAAAAUACAAAAGGAAUUGGAAGAGAAACGACAGAAACGCAAAGAACAACAGUUGCAGCAGCAACAACAGCAGCAGGGUCAGCUGCAGCAGCAGACGCAGCUACAGCAGGGGCAGCUGCAGCAGCCGGUGGUGAUGUCUGGGGGCGGGGUGAUGGGCGUGCGCGUGGGCGGGGUGGGGGUGGGGGUGGGCGUAGGCGCGGGGGGCGCGGGCGGGAUGCCGCGCGCCGCCAUGCCCGCGCAGCCCUCGCUGCCCGGCAUGCGUAUACCCUCGCCCGGCAUGACGCAGCUACCCAUGCAGCCCAAUAGGAUGACUUUCCCUACCAAUCUGGUGGGCCCGCCCGGACCCAGCCCCAAUCAGGUUCGCGAACUACGUUUCAAUCCCGUCGUCCGUCCGCAGAUGCCGCAAACGCCGAACGGCGGCACGGUGGGCGUGGGCGCGCCGGGCAUGUCCCCGUUCGGUCAGACGAUGACCUCCCCCGCGUCGUACCCCGCGCUGCAGAGCAACGGGCCCGCGCUGCCCUCGCCCGGGCCGGGCCCGCACGCGGACAAGGUGCGGCUGGGCGCGCCCGUCGCCAACUCGCCGUUCGUCAACCACGCGGCCUUCGGGUCCGCGGCCGUCUCCUCGCCCGCGCCCGCCACCCCGCACACGCCCCUCGCGCACCCCAGCCCCGCGCCCGACCCCCGUCCCGCCUCGCGCCCGCCGCCGCAGCACCCCGCGCCGCCGCCCCCGCCCCCGCCGCAUCAACACCCGCAACCGCACCAAGCGCCCGCUGACAUAGACCCCGUGCCAGAGGUCCGAAUAAAACAGGAACCGGAGGAAACUCCAAUCAAGGAGGAGCUCGAAGAGGAUUGCGGGGGCAAAGGAAUGCGGGACGAGAUCCCUACGGAGAGGGAACAGCAGGAACACAAUGAGUUCCUUCAGACUGUCAAAACUGAGAUCAAGCAGGAAAUCAAACAGGAGAUCAGGCCGGAGAUCAAAGAGGAGCCGACGGAGGCCAGCGCCAGUGAUGCGAACGCCGUUGACAGGCCCGGAGGAAGACGGACAUUUGUAUUCAAGCCGGAAGAUUUACGGCAAGCGUUGAUGCCCACUCUAGAGAAAUUAUUCCGGCAAGAACCCGAAUCGCUGCCGUUCCGGCAACCGGUGGACGCCACGGCGCUCGGUAUACCGGACUACUUCGAUAUCGUUAAGAAUCCUAUAGACUUGUCCACUAUAAAGAACAAACUUGAUCGCGGCGAAUACAAGGACCCGUGGCAAUACGUCGACGACGUGUGGCUAAUGUUCGAGAACGCUUGGCUUUACAACCGCAAGAACUCGAGGGUCUACAGAUAUUGUACUAAGUUGUCGGAGGUAUUCGAGCAGGAGAUAGAUCCUGUGAUGCAAAGUUUGGGCUACUGCUGCGGAAGAAAGUACACAUUCAACCCUCAAGUGCUAUGUUGCUAUGGCAAACAACUUUGCACCAUCCCUCGCGACGCCAAGUACUUCAGUUACCAGAACAGAUACACCUUCUGCCAGAAAUGCUUCAACGAUAUCCAAGGGGACACCGUCACGUUGGGCGAUGAUCCGCUGCAGCCACAGACCGCCAUCAAGAAGGAUCAAUUCAAGGAAAUGAAAAAUGAUCAUUUAGAACAGGAACCGUUUGUAGUCUGCAUGGACUGUGGUAGGAAACAGCAUCAGAUUUGUGUGCUGCAUCAUGAUCAAAUUUGGCCCCAAGGUUUUUGCUGUGAUAAUUGUUUAAAAAUGAAGGGGGCUAAGCGGAAAGAGAACAAAUUUUGUGCUAAAAAGCUGCCUCCAUCAAAACUUGGCAUUUAUAUUGAGACGCGAGUCAAUAAUUUUCUCAAGAAAAAAGAGGCUAGUGCCGGUGAGGUGCAUAUCAGGGUUGUCGCAUCAUCGGAUAAGAUGGUGGAGGUCAAACCUGGAAUGAGAUCGAGGUUUGUCGAAUCAGGAGAACUGUGUGCCGAAUUCCCGUAUCGGGCUAAGGCGUUAUUUGCAUUUGAAGAGGUUGACGGAACCGAUAUUUGUUUCUUUGGUAUGCAUGUGCAGGAAUAUGGCAGUGAAAGUCCGUCGCCAAAUACAAGGCGUGUUUAUAUAGCAUAUCUAGAUUCUGUACAUUUCUUCCAACCUAGGCAGUAUCGUACUGCAGUUUAUCAUGAGAUUUUAUUAGGAUAUUUGGACUACGCUAAGCAAUUGGGUUAUACAAUGGCCCACAUAUGGGCUUGCCCGCCCUCAGAGGGUGAUGACUACAUUUUCCACUGCCAUCCACCCGAACAAAAGAUUCCUAAACCUAAAAGGUUACAAGAGUGGUACAAGAAAAUGUUAGACAAAGGUAUAAUAGAAAGAAUAAUAUUAGAUUAUAAAGACAUAUUAAAGCAAGCUAUGGAGGACAAUAUCUCUUCUGCGGCCGAACUACCGUACUUUGAAGGUGACUUCUGGCCCAAUGUGUUGGAAGAAUCUAUCAAAGAAUUGGACCAAGAAGAGGAGGAAAAGAGAAAGCAAGCUGAAGCUGCUGAAGCAGUGAUAUUCCAGUCGUCAGAGGAAAAUGAACAAGGCCCUGAUGGCAAGAAGAAAGGUCAAAAGAAAGCGAAAAAAUCCAAUAAGUCUAAGGCCGCCCAAAGAAAAAGUAGUAAGAAACAGAGUGACCAGCAGCAGGGUAGUGAUCUCAGUGCAAAGAUUUUUGCAACUAUGGAGAAACACAAGGAAGUGUUCUUCGUUAUAAGGCUACAUUCCGCACAGUCCGCGGCGAGCUUAGCUCCUAUCCACGACCCGGACCCGUUAUUGAACUGUGACCUAAUGGACGGUCGUGACGCAUUCUUGACUAUGGCUCGGGAUCGCCACUACGAGUUUUCGUCGACACGAAGGGCGAGGUUUUCCACCCUGUGCAUGUUGUACGAGUUACACAACCAGGGUACUGACAAAUUCGUGUACACAUGCAACAGUUGUAAAUCACACGUGGAGACCAGGUACCACUGCACGGUGUGCGACGACUUCGACUUGUGCGUACCGUGCUACGAGAAGGAAGGCCAUCCUCACAAGAUGGAAAAACUCGGCCUGGACAUCGACGUGGGCUCGUCCCCUGGCGAUAUGAAGCAGGCAAACCCACAAGAGGCUCGAAAACUGUCGAUACAGAGGUGUAUACAGUCGCUGGUGCACGCGUGCCAGUGUCGAGACGCCAACUGUCGACUGCCGUCGUGUCAGAAGAUGAAGCGGGUCGUCACGCACACGAAGAUCUGCAAGAGGAAGACGAAAGGCGACUGCCCGAUUUGCAAACAACUUAUCGCGUUGUGCUGCUAUCAUGCGAAACAUUGUCAGGAAACGAAGUGUUCAGUGCCGUUCUGCAGCAGCAUAAAGCAGAAGCUGAAGCAGCAGCAGGUGCAGCAGCGCGUGCAGCAGGCCAAGCUGCUGCGGCGGCGCAUGGCGGCGAUGAACACGCGCGCGGCGCCCGGCGCCUCCUCCCCGCCGCACCCGCCGCCCGCGCUCGCCUCCCCGCCGCCCUCCAAGCCGGCCGCGCACGCGCACGCGCUGCCGCACAACGUGCAGAAGGCGCUGCAACAGGUACAAGAGGAAGCGGCGCGGCAGCAAGCGCCGUCGUACGGGAAACAAGGUGGAAUGGGCCCUCCGGGUGUCGGUACCGUGGGCGGCGGCGUGGUACCGCUAGCGGGCGGCGUGGGCGGUGUGAGCGGCGUGGGCGGCGCAGGCGGCGUGGUGGGCGGGGGCGCGGCGGGCGUGGGCGCGGGCGCGCGCGCCGACUGGGCCGCGCGCUACCGAGGUCCGCCCCCGCUGCAACACACGGUCUCGUUACUCGCGAGGCAUCCCCACCACCCUCAGCCGCCACUGCAAUUACCGCUUGCACAGCAGCAACAGCGCGCGCCGGCGCCGCAGCAGCAGCAGAGCCAGCCGAUGCACCAGAAGGCGCUGCAGCAGCUCAUGGCCACCCUCCGCUCCCCCACCACGCACAACCAGCAGCAGGAGAUCCUGCAGAUACUCAAGUCCAACCCUCCGCUCAUGGCAGCCUUCAUCAAACAGAGACAGAACACCCAAAACCAACAACAGGCCGCGGCCGGUGUGGGCGGCGUGGGCGGAGUGGGCGGGGUCGGUGGGGUGGGCGGAGUCUGCGGUGUCGGCCUCGGUGGCGGAGUGCCACAGCAACAGCAGCAGUUGCAGCACAUGAUGCAGCCGCAGCAGCAACGACUGCAGCAGAUGCAUCAGAUGCUGCCCCAACAGUCACAGGUCGGCGGCGUAUCAGGCGUCGGCGGUGUAGGCGGGGUGGGAAUGGGCGGCGUGGGCGGGGGCGGCAUGGGCGCGGGCGCCGGCGGCUGGUACAAGCAGGGUCAGGGCGGCGUGGGCGUGGGCGUGGGCGGCAUGAUGGGCCUGCGCGCGCCGUACCCUGGCGCGGCGGGCGUGGUGGGCGGGGGCGUGGGCGUGGGCGGCGUGCCCCCGCGGCUGCCCGCCCGCUACGGGUUCAGCGGGGGCGUGGUGCAGCGCUCGCCCGAGAGCACCGCCUCCCCGCGGCGGCCCUCCCCCGCGCCGCACCCGCCCGACGACAGCCUGCCGCCCAUGACGCCCCAGGACCAGCUCACCAAGUUCGUCGAGCAGUUGUAG